GCAAAAACUUUCAGCUUCCUCAGAGAGAGAGAGAGAGUAAUGAGUUUAAAGCGAGUAACCGUUACGCGCCACCUCCAUACUUUUUAACCGUUUAAAAAAUCUAAAUUUUAGACGCAACGGUAGGGAUACGAUGACGUCUAUCUUACGUCAUCUUUCGUCUGUGACUUCAUCUGGAGGAUUGAUUAACAAAUUGGAUUCCUUUCGUCUACUUCAUCACAAUACGAACUCGCUCAAGUCCAAUCACACCUUGAAGCAUUACCUUGAAUCCGGAGAGCCAAUCAAAGCUCUCUUAAACUUCAAACAACGAUUCAGAGAAAGCCCUAGUUUCGUAGACAGUUUCUCUGUCUUGUUCGCCAUCAAAGCUUCAUCGUUAGCUCAUAAAGCUCCCUCCUUUGUUGGCAAACAGAUCCACGCUCUUGCAAGGAAACUCGGGUUUCAUAGCGUAAUCCAAAUUCAGACAUCCCUUGUCGGUUUCUACUCAGCUGCAGGUGAUAUCUCUAGUGCACGCCAAGUGUUCGACGAAACUCCUGAGAAACAAAAUGUUGUGUUGUGGACGGCUAUGAUUGCAGGUUACGCUGAGAACGAGAAAGCUGUGGAAGCUGUUGAGAUGUUUCGACGAAUGGAAGAGGAAAGAAUCGAGCUUGAUGAGGUGAUUGCUACUGUGGCUUUAUCAGCUUGUGCUGAUCUAGGGGCUGUGCAGAUGGGAGAAGGGAUAUAUUCACGCUGCAUCAAGAGAAAACGAAGAUUGGGUAUGGAUUUGACUCUGAGAAACUCGCUUUUGAACAUGUAUGUUAAAGCUGGGGAUGUUGAGAAAGCGAGGAGAGUCUUUGAUGAAACGUUGAGAAAAGAUGUGGCUACUUACACGUCUAUGAUCGUAGGGUAUGCUUUAAACGGUCAAGCUCGAGAAUCAUUAGAACUGUUCAAGAAAAUGAGCCAAGAUUCAUCUGUGUCUCCAAACGAUGUAACUUUCAUUGGCGUCUUGAUGGCUUGUAGUCACGGCGGUUUGGUGGAAGAAGGGGAACGACAGUUCAGGAGCAUGGUUGAGGAUUACAAUCUGAAACCUAGAGACGCUCAUUUCGGAUGCAUGGUGGAUUUGCUUUGCCGUUCUGGUCGUUUGAAGGAUGCUCACGAGUUCGUAAAUCAGAUGCCUGUAAAGCCAAACGCGGUGAUUUGGAGAACCUUGCUUGGUGGUUGCAGUCUUCAUGGGGAUGUUGAGCUCGGGGAAGAAGUUCAGAGACGGAUCUUUGAGUUGGACCGUGGUCAUGUGGGAGAUUAUGUUGCGUUGUCCAAUAUCUACGCGGCGAAAGGAAUGUGGGAUGAGAAACUGAGGAUGAGGGAUCGUGUGAAGAAGAGAAGGGAGCCUGGGAAAAGCUGGAUUGAGAUGGGAAACAUUAUCGCUGAGUUUGUUUCAGGGGGUAGUGAUGAUGAUGGGAAGCUAAUGGUGGGAGAGAUUAGCGAGGUUUUGAAGUGUUUAGUUGCUUGUAUGACAAGUUAUGAUUAUGUGGUGGACAAUUUUAACUCCAGUUAUUGAGCUUACAGGAGCAGUGACUAGUGCGGUGGCAGGCAGAACUUCUCAGUAUGGAGUCGUACGUGGGGCUGCACUUGGCGUUAUCUGUUGAAAGUGUUGGAGACUUCUCGUGCCUACUGGUACUCAGAGCUAUCAUGAUCGAGGGGUCCAUCAUCUAUGGUUGGUCUUAAAAUAAAUCUGAGCAAUCUUACACGUUUGUCAAGUAUAUAGGAAGAGAGGUUUUGGAGGUUUUCUUCUGACUUUAUUGUCUAGAUGGAGAAGGAUUUUGAGAGAAAAUAACUUUGGUGGAAGAUAUAAUGACAUAGCUUUAACAUGUUCCUGGUGGACCAUCAAACUUAUGAGUUCAGGAUUUCUGAUGUAAGCUAUUAAAAGCGGGAUGAUGUUGAUGGUGGAUCAGGACAUCAGGUGAAAUCACACGAAGCUUACCGAGAUGCGACAAACCUUUCACCUGGUUUUUAUUGAUAAAUGGCUCGUCAGACAUGUGCCAUGCCCCAUUUGCAGACAGGCCGAAUAAAACACCAUUGUUGCCGAGCAGUCCAUGGGACCCUGGCUUCUGGGAACAGGGCUCCAUUGACCUUGCUCUCGUACAGAAAGAGUCAUGAUCAGUCUCGUUCAAUACCCAUGGCUUCAACCCUCCAAGGCCAUGAGCUACCUCCACGAGUGAGGACCAUGGGCUUGUGACCAUCAGCACAUCAGAACAACUUAGAAGGUAAAUCUCAGUCCAAGCUCUCCUGCUCUCCAUGUUCCUCUGAGUUUUUUGGUAUUCCUUGUGGCUAGGCCUGUGAACAC